AUGAGCAGCGAAACUCCUGAAUCAGUGCGCAGCGGUGCACCAGCAGUGCUGCACAAGCCACCGCCUCUGACGGCAAAGAUAUUGUAUUCGAUGAUUCUCUAUGCUGGCAAAAGCCUUGCCGCUUUAUCACGAGGGCUUCAAGGGCUAAAAGAGGUUAUUUGGCCUCCAAAUGUUAGGCCUGACCUUAUCAAGACGUAUCAAUGCCGGCCUCAUCUACCAGUUCGGAUCUUCCUCCCAGCUUCCCACGAUGCGUCGUCGCUCCAUGUCCAUCCUGUUCUAUUUGUUAUAGUUGGAGGUGGAUGGUUUAUGGGUUACAAUAAGGAGCACGAUGAGUGGAAUCGCGCCUUCGCUCAUACUCAAUCUACUAUUGUUAUUGGACUUGAUCAUUCCAAGGCACCGAGGACCCCGUUUCCAGGACCAGUUCAUGACAUUGAAGCCUUGAUGCUUGCCGCCCUAGCUGAUGAAACCAUCCCCAUUGAUCGCUCAUCUCACUAUACUACGAACCGCGUUGCUAUCCUCGGUUUUGCCUCUGGAGCUGCUGUCAUGUGCGUCGCCGGUGUUCUCGACUUAUCAAUCACAACGGAGGGAAAACUGGAGAACCGAUAUUACAAGCCAGCCUUGAAGCCGUCAAAGCGCGGUGGCAAAGACAGUCUUGGCCCUGUCAUGCCGGCUCUGUGUUGGGGAUACGUUCCAUACGGUGUAGAUCUGUGUAAUCCGCUCCUAAGCCCUGGAUAUGCAGACCUGUCGAUGCUCCCCGCUCAUGUGUGCUUGGUUGGCGCUGAGCUCGACUUUCUUGCGCACGAAGCCUGGCGCUUGGCAUGUCGGCUGUCGCGUGAAGGUGCCGGAGUUGACCACGGAACACCAGAUCCUGGGAGCAGAGAGACCCAGUGGCGAAUUGUUGGACAAGAGCAAGUUCAUUCUGGCAACCCCCUGCGCGGGCUUGGAGAGGGAGUCGCCGAUGAGCGGUUUGCAUUUGAAGAGCAUUGGCAGGGCGGCGGCGUCAAGUGGUUGCUUGUCCCUGACGUUUUGCAUGGAUUUGAUAAUCGCUUUUACCGCGAGAUGGAUACUCAUCGAGAGGAUAUCCGGGAUGCAGAGGUAAAGACUGAGGCAUACAUGAGAGAGCUGGGAACAUGGUUACGAGAACGAGUUUGGAGAUUGUAG